AUGACGAAAUUUUGGUGGUCACCCUACUCCCAAAUCUUCCCUGCCCUCAUCAGACACGCCUUUGAAGAGAUAGCGAACAAGAGCGAUUUGUUACCCGGAUAUAGACUGAACCUGGUCUUAAAGGAUACACAGGGUAAACCCGGCCUUGCCCUGAAGCGCUACCAGGAGAUGGUGACGGAAUAUCCGCCGAAACUCGCCGUGCUUGGGCCGUGUAGCUCACCAGAAGCCCUCGUCAUAGGUCAAGUGACUCAUUACUUCAACAUGGUGGAGAUGACAUUUUUUCCACGCUCCUCAACUCUGGCGGACAGAGAGUCUUACCCCAGCGUGUUCCUGACAAAUUUCCUCGAGGAAACUUUCAACCCACCAAGAAUUGCUAUGAUGAAGAAGUUCGGCUGGAAGAAGGUCGCUACGCUCUCGAUGGCUAGUGAUCUGUUCACAGCAGGAAUUGAUAACUUUCACACGCUGUUGGAAGAAAACAACUUCACGUUGUUGACGUCUGGUAUCAUUACAGACGUAACCCAAGUCACCGAUCACAUACAAAGAUUGAAGCACUAUCGCGCUCGGAUCAUUGUCGGGUCAUUCUAUGGACACCAUGCUCCUUACAUAUUCUGCGAGGCUUACCGCCAAGGCUUGUACGGCAGACAUGUUGUCUGGAUCCUGCCAUGGGCGUACACAUUUACUAACUGGGGGGUGUAUGAUGAGUCAGACCUCCACUGUUCACCAAGAGAGCUACAGGCCGUGGCCAACGGAUUCUUCACUUUAGACAACAGUGUACUUGGCCACCUUAACAUCACAACUGUGUCCGGACAGACCCCAGAGGAGUUUGAUGAGUUUUCACGUGCUCUUGUGGGAGACAGAUCUGUCAGGUCCAAAGCCAUUUCGUUUGCUUAUGACGCUGUGUGGGCCUUGGCGUUGGCUCUGAACAAGACUUCGACCAUUUUAACUGGCGAAACGUCAUUGACUGACUUUUCGUACAACAAUACUAAAAUAUACGAAACGCUGAAAAGAGAACUGGGAUCUAUUCAUUUUGAAGGCGUUUCGGGACCAGUUUCGUUCGAUAGUGACGGUCGAAGGCUUGGACCCACCUACUUGUAUCAAACCACAGAUGGGGAAGCCAAUGUCGUCGCCACAUACUUUCCGGAAACCGACCAAUUCGUGUGGCAUGUGUCUCCGGACUCCCUUUGGUUAGACGGCCACACCCCUAAGGACAAGUUUACCUACAUGGAGUGGUACCCACGACUGAGCAAAGCCGCUGUAGCCCUGAUCGUCGUCUUCAACACUGCUGGCGUCAUCUGUGCCAUUCUAUGCCUAGGAUUUAACAUUGCUUUCCGCACCCGACGGGCAAUAAAGAUGUCAAGUCCAAACAUCAACAACCUAAUUAUACUGGGCUCUAUCGUCAUGUACGUUACGGUUUAUCUGAACUCCGCCGAACUGUGGGACCGUCCACCGGACAACACCUCAAAUCUCUGCAUGGCACGUGUUUGGGUUACUUCCCUUGGAUUUACCUUGUCGUUUGGUGCGCUGUUCUCAAAAACAUGGCGGGUGCAUAUUCUCUUCCGAAAUACUCGACUAAAGCGAAAGACGGUACGUGACGAGAGGCUGUUCGGCUUGGUGGGGCUGCUGUUGUUAAUAGACCUUGUUAUACUUAUACCCUGGCAAGUUGUCCAUCCCUUGACAGAGAAGCACCUUAAACAUGCUGAACAGGAGCAAUCCGGCGGUGACGUCAUCGUAAUGGAAAUGUACAUUGUGUGCGUUAGUCCUUACCAGACCUACUGGUUAGCCGCCGCCUAUGUCUACAAAGGGCUUCUCCUCAUAUUCGGGACGUUCCUGGCUUGGGAGACACGAAAAGUCUCCAUCCCCGUCCUCAAUGAUUCACGGCUGAUAGGCUUCUGUGUGUACAACGUUGUGGUGAUUUGUGCCUUCGCAGUUCCCGUAAAUCACGUGCUAAGCGACACCCAAUCAACGCUCCGCUUUGUUAUCACCUCGGCAUUCACCAUCUUCUGCACCACGCUGGUUUUGUGCAUUGUAUUUGUUCCCAAGGUGUUACGAAGAAACGAGCAAGCAGGUAAAGUGUUCAUGACAACAGAGGGCGGUGUGCGGCCGCGAGAAACGGCCAGAGAUUUGACAGUAAGUAGUCCACCGUCCACUGCUGGAAGGUAUUCCAGCAAAGUUGCUCCGGAAGCUGGACAAGCAAACACAGAGACCAAAAUAUUCAACAUACCUUCAUUUGAUGUAGCUAAGCGCUCCGCUGACUUUAAUUUAAAGAUACCAGUGGAACCUGAUCUCAGAACUGAGGCUAUCAGCUGA